UUCAAAACCAGGAAAUGGGUUCUUACUCUGUAGAUAGUUGAGUCGUUCUGUAAGAAAUUCAAGAACAUGCAUUCAUUUCUCCUUUGUUUUCCCUGUGUUGUUAAAUGUAAUGACGACCUGUCAAGACGUAUGUUUGCAAAUUCCGUUAUAUCUAUAGCUAGCUUUUAAACACCAAGGGGACAAACGAUUCUCCAAGCUAACUACAGCUAGCCAGCUUCACCAAAUUACCGCAGAAAUGACGAAGACGUUCAGAUCCCCAUCUCGACACGGCUAUGCUGUAGAGAUAUCCCCAUUUUUUCCAACCCGAUUGGCCUGUGCUACGUCUCAGUACUAUGGAAUAGCAGGGUGUGGGACACUUCUGGUGCUGGAUCAGAGCGAAGUUGAAAUUUCUCUGUUCAGGAGCUUCGACUGGAACGACGGUCUCUUUGAUGUAGCGUGGAGCGAGAGUAACGAGCACGUCCUGGUGACGGGGGCAGGAGACGGGUCUCUGCAGGUCUGGGACACGGCUAACCCGCAAGGCCCUCUGCAGGUACUAAAGGAACACAAGCAGGAGGUGUACAGCGUGGACUGGAGUCAGACCCGGGUGGAGAAUCUGGUGCUGUCUGGGUCAUGGGACCGUACUGUGAAAGUGUGGGACCUGGAGCACCCUCAGUCCCUGUGCACUCUCCAGGGUCAUGAAGGGGUCAUUUACAGCGCAGUGUGGUCCCCUCACGUCCCAGGAUCCUUUGCUUCUGCUUCAGGGGACGGGACGCUGAGGCUGUGGGAUGUGAAAAUGGGGGCGUCCCGGUUGGUCAUCCCGGCUCACAAGGCGGAGAUCCUCAGCUGCGAUUGGUCCAAGUACGAUCAGAACGUUAUCGUUACCGGAGCAGUGGACUGCAGCCUGCGCGUUUGGGACCUGCGGAACGUCAGGCAGCCCAUCUCCGAGCUGAUUGGUCACACGUACGCCAUACGAAGAGUGAAGUUCUCUCCAUUUAACCCGACAGUGCUCGCGUCCUGCUCCUAUGACUUCACCGUGAGGUUCUGGGACUGGGCCCGGGGGGACCGGCCGCUGCUGGGCACCCAGGAGCACCACACGGAGUUUGUGUGCGGGCUGGACUUCAACCUGCACGUCCCCAACCAGGUUGUGGACUGCGCCUGGGAUGAAACGGUAAAAAUAUAUACACCUCCAUGCCUUGCCGCCGCUCAGCAAAGUGCACCAUAGAGGGAAGAUAAUUACUUUGCCCCAAGGAAGAAGAGAAGACUUUUCGGACUGGGCUGGAUCUAAAUCAUGGCCAAAAGUUACCUGGAUGCUGUCUUGAUAAUGACACUUUUAAAAAGACCCCCAGGGAAAGGUAUGGCGCAAACAGGCUAAGUUUGAAAGUAGAAUGGAGUAAUGCUAAACCAUGUGGAACACUGGAAAUCACCAGCUGUAGGACCACAGGUGUCACAACCACUGACUUUUCAUUACCACAUUUUUUCUUUUUUAUAACGUGUGAAAUUAGAAGUGUCUACGCAUUUUUCUUGUGUGCCGGUUUUGGCAUUUGGCGGUCCUGGAGCUGUAAGAAGAGGACGCUUCAGUAAUUUCACGUGCUCCUUCCUUAGGUGUUUCGCUGUGUUAUGGUUCAGUAGCCUUUAUUUGUGUCUGCCAAAUCUGGAAGGGUGUAUCCUAAAUUACUUGUGUGUAUUGAGUGAUAAAGCCAAUGCUUGAAUGACACAAAGUGUUCACGUUUGCACUGAGUAGGCCUAUAUUGUAUGAAAAUGAAAUAAGGAUGUGUAUAUUAAGUCCAAAUAUUGACUGGGAGCAGAAAACACCAUCUGUAAAUGUAACUGAAAUAUUUUGUUCAGACUUCAUUUAGGAUUUAGUAUUGUUCUAUGAAAUAUUAUAGUAUAUAGGCUAUUAUAAUACUAUAGUAUACUGUACAGAUCCCAAAGAAGUGUGUAACGUGCAAAUAAAUUGAAAACUAACUUGGAA